CUCCGACAGUGAGAUUUUUACGACAGUGUCGCGAAUCAACCGACCACAGUUAUUUACGGCCCCAUGGCAACAAACUGGAGGUUGGAGUUUUGUUUACUCGCGUGGGGGGCGAACAGUUACGGGCAGCAUGGACGUGGAGAUAAGGAGGACCAGGCAGUCCCGCGGCUCUCAAACAAGGCUCCCCUACAAGGAAGGCCGGUCCGGACCGUCAAUGGUGGCGGGGGACACACCGUGGUCAUCACCGAUGGCGGAGAGGCGUUUGCAUGUGGGCUAAAUGACAGAGGCCAGCUGGGACUUGGCCACACUAACAACUGCUCAACACUUCAACGCUGCUCGGGCCUCAAUCAGAGAGUCACAAAUGUUGCCUGCGGAUGGGAUUUUACUCUUCUUCUCACUGAUUGUGGUAGAUUGUUAUCCUGUGGCUCCAAUGUUUUCGGACAACUGGGUAUUGGUGACACGACAACACAUCAUGCGGAGCUGGUGCUGGUUGAGGGUCUAACAGAGCGUGUGGUCAGUGUAGCAGCAGGCCUCAGGCACGCUCUUGUCGUCACAGACUCCAGAUGUGUCUACCAGUGGGGAACAGGUCUUUUUAAUCUUGCCAAGAGAGCACUCAGUCUGAACCCUGUUCCACCCCACCUCAAUUCCAAGGUUCCUUCACUGGUACCAGGUAUGGAUCAGAAGGUGCCGCACAUUGUUACUGCAGGCUCAGCUCACUGUGUGUGCCUUACAGGCGAUGGUGAUGUGUUUUUGUGGGGAAGCAACAAACAUGGCCUACUCACUGCCACAGAGUCUUUCCUGUCCACUCCCACUCAGCUGAAGCGCUCACUAUUGGGUGGAGAGAAAAUUGUCAAAGUGUGGAGCGGCUGGACUCAUGUUAUUGCCCAAACAGAGAGUGGUAGAGUGUUCACAUGGGGCAGAGGUAAUUAUGGACAACUGGGCCGUCCUUUGACAAGGGCUCUAAACAGUGAGCACCAGUCUGCAGAUGGUGGAAGUCAAGCUUACGUCCCCGCAGAGGUGAAAAGCCUCUGUGAAGCUACACAGAUUGCAUGUGGAUCUGAGCAUAACCUCGCCAUUGUUGGGGGGCGUCUGCUUUCCUGGGGCUGGAACGAGCAUGGAACAAGCGGAGACGGUUCACUGGCCGACGUUUUUGAGCCGCAGCUCGUUCCCGGUGUCACGCCUCUUCUCAUUGGCUGCGGGGCCGGACACUCAAUGGUGGUGUGCGCAGGGAAGACGUGCAAAGACCACUGAUAAACUGCACAUAUUGGAGACAGCACAUGUCUAAAACUAGACCUGAAUUCCUGAAAUUGAAUUAUUUUAUGAACGAACUGACUUGGAAAUAUGCAGCAACUUUCACCUUCCUAUUGACAAGGGUAGUUGUGUGCGUGCGUCAUAAAUAUCUGGAUGUGUGUGGUCAUGACUUAUGUCUGGUGUGGACAGGGGCCAAUAAUUUCUCUGGCCUGCCCGUCACUUUAACGGCCAUGAUGGUGGGCGAUGUCUUUACAGGACAUGGUCAUUCCUACACUUCCCACCAUGUUGUCCCUCCUGAAUGAAUGAAGACGUUAAGGCUAAUGUGGGGGAUGGGCCCGGCCGCCACUUCAAGUCCAUCUUCCCAUGUCAGCGCUUUUAUUGCCGUGAUCUUGAACGUUGGGAUGUGCUGAUGCUUAUACUUUAUAGCCGCCAUUUGUGUCACCGGGUGAUUUACUUAUUGCACAGAAAUAUUCCUGUACCCAAACUUGCGUCACAUGAACUUCAUGGGAAAUGCACUUUUGGGGUGCCUGUCAAUCCCCAUCACUAUGUGAGACCAGCACACACAACACUUUUUUAUGCAUUCUAAAUCGUAAAUAAAUGCUGGCAAGAGGCAGCAAAGAAAGGAGGUAAUGGAGAUUCGAUCUAUUCCGCCUAUAACGCCCUCUAAAAACUCCAACAACGUUUUAUAUAGAUGCUGUAAGUAUAUACUGUAUUUAAUUUAGUAACAUGCACAUUCAUUAUAAUAUGUAAUAUUUACGUAUUUUUGUCAUUUUAAUCAUUGUCAGAACUUUUAUGGGCACAUUGAUUUCACAGAGCACAUCGUAACUACAGAUGUCCGAUAAUGGCUUUUUUGCCGAUAUCCGAUAUUUUGUUAUUGUCCGACUCUUAAUUACCAAUUCUGAUAUCAACCGAUACCGAUAUAUACAGUCGUGGAAUUAACACAUUAUUAUGCCUAAUGUUGUUGUGAUGCCCCGCUGGAUGCAUUAAACAAUGUAACAAGGUUUUCCAAAAUAAAUAAACUCAAGUUAUGGAAAAAAAUGCCAACAUGGCACUGCCAUAUUUAUUAUUGAAGUCACAAAGUGCAUUAUUUUUUACAACAUGCCUCAAAACAGCAGCUUGGAAUUUGGGACAUGCUCUCCCAGAGAGAGCAUGAGGAGGUUGA